GUAAUCAACUUUUAUAUUCUUUUUGCAACCAGCGAAGAUGAAAACGAUGGUAUUAAAUCAAGUGGGCGGAGAAUUCUUGUAUUUGGAGGAAAUGGUUUUAUUGGAAGUGAAACUGUGCGGAGGUUAAUUGACCGUGGAGAUGAAAUCACAAUGGUCAAUCGAGGUAACUGGUACUUCGAUUCCGAAGAACGCAUCAAGCCUUUUGUAAGUGCUCAUUUUAUAUGCAACAGAGACAAACUUCUUGAGAUUGAAUGCGAGGAACUUUUAACUUCUGGUUCUUAUGAUGCAGUCAUUGAUUUUAGCUCUUACAACGCGAGACAGACGAAACAGGUGGUGGACAUCUUAAAAGACAGAGUUGGUGUUUAUGUUUAUAUAAGCACUGAUUCAGUCUACGAAGUCUGCGAUAAGACGCAUUCUGGACCUACAACUGAAGAAGACGCAGUCAGACCAAAAAGCCCAAAGAAACGAAUGCAGCUUAAAAGAGAAGAAAAAUACGCACAUGACAAAUUAGCCUGUGAAGAAGUGCUCCAACAACAGCGAAAAGAAGGUGGAUUUCCGUAUGUGGCGUUGAGACUUCCGGAUGUGAUCGGACCACGUGAUAAUUCGUUCCGAUUUUGGACUUACCAGUUGUGGAUACGUAUUCAUAAGGACAUUCAUCACCCUCUUCACAUGCCCGAAGGUGUGUCCGAUGAUAAGUUUAGUUUAAUUCACGUGGAAGAUGCAGCUAAAGCCAUCGAGAAAGUUCUAGAUGCUGGUCCUGCGGUUCACAACCAAGCUAUAAACAUUGCGUUUAAUGAACAUUUUACCUUGAAAAAACUGCUCCGAGACAUCGCCGAUAAGCUCGAAAUUGAUAAACUAGAGUUUCUUUCUGAUAACGAUGAAACAUGGUAUACUUAUCCUACUGUCACCAAGGGACCACUGGACAUUAGCAAGGCAAAGNAGUGAAACUGUACGGAGGUUAAUUGACCGUGGAGAUGAAAUCACAAUGGUCAAUCGAGGUAACUGGUACUUCGAUUCCGAAGAACGCAUCAAGCCUUUUGUAAGUGCUCAUUUUAUAUGCAACAGAGAUAAACUUCUUGAGAUUGAAUGCGAGGAACUUUUAACUUCUGGUUCUUAUGAUGCAGUCAUUGAUUUUAGCUCUUACAACGCGAGACAGACGAAACAGGUGGUGGACAUCUUAAAAGACAGAGUUGGUGUUUAUGUUUAUAUAAGCACUGAUUCAGUCUACGAAGUCUGCGAUAAGACGCAUUCUGGACCUACAACUGAAGAAGACGCAGUCAGACCAAAAAGCCCAAAGAAACGAAUGCAGCUUAAAAGAGAAGAAAAAUACGCACAUGACAAAUUAGCCUGUGAAGAAGUGCUCCAACAACAGCGAAAAGAAGGUGGAUUUCCGUAUGUGGCGUUGAGACUUCCGGAUGUGAUCGGACCACGUGAUAAUUCGUUCCGAUUUUGGACUUACCAGUUGUGGAUACGUAUUCAUAAGGACAUUCAUCACCCUCUUCACAUGCCCGAAGGUGUGUCCGAUGAUAAGUUUAGUUUAAUUCACGUGGAAGAUGCAGCUAAAGCCAUCGAGAAAGUUCUAGAUGCUGGUCCUGCGGUUCACAACCAAGCUAUAAACAUUGCGUUUAAUGAACAUUUUACCUUGAAAAAACUGCUCCGAGACAUCGCCGAUAAGCUCGAAAUUGAUAAACUAGAGUUUCUUUCUGAUAACGAUGAAACAUGGUAUACUUAUCCUACUGUCACCAAGGGACCACUGGACAUUAGCAAGGCAAAGAUUCUUCUCGACUGGAAGCCCAUGACCUGGGAAACAGCCCUCUCAUCUCUCUGUGCCUAUUUCGAGGGAGCUAUGUCAGAUAUGAAGUUGCUCAGAGAAAGAGAAAUGCUCUUAGCUGACUUCUUUGAGAAUAUAGUUCCCGAAACAUACUAUGCAACGGCGCUGAAUAAACUGAUUGAAAUCUAUGGACGAGACGUAAUGAAGGGAGUGGACUUGGAAGUAGGUUUCGACGGAUCUCCCCAGAUCGCAGGUCCCAAUGAUGACUCAAGCGAAACCAAUAUUGUGCAUGACCAAACUUCAGAGAAAAUGGAAACGAAGGCCCCCACAUCAACAGAGACUGAUGCUGAUAAACAGCAAACCAUGAAUGCAGAUUCAGAGAAGAAGGAAAAAACUAAGCCGCACUCUAAUGAAUUGUGACUGAAUUCUAUCGGUUCUUAGGAGCCCAUUAAUGCAUUCCUUGCUGGUUUUACUUAUAUUCAAGAAACAACGACAACAAAAAAGAUGAUUUAUGAUAACAAUGAUGCUAACAAUACUGAGCAAAACGAACGAUGAUAAAACUCUAUAAACUGCAUUAGAUAAUUAUGCAAAUUAUGAUCACAUCUAUCAAUAAAGAAUUUUACUCGCGAUAGCUUCUUGUUAUGAGUAAUGGCUGAUUUAUAAAUUAUUGCGAUUGUCAGAAACAGGUUGACAUUAUAAGUACUGUCCUCGUUUGAUGACUUUAGGAUAUGGAAAAUUUUAAAAUUUUAAUAUCUCAGCUACAAAUUAAUGAACCGUCUAGUCGUUUGACGUAUUCAUUAAAGACCAUUAAAGCUGAAUUUGCCUGGGUUAUUACUGUCACGUUCUGUAACCUCAAUUGCCGGCUCUUUAACAUUUGGGAGUAAGGGACCGGUCAUUAUUUAUCGCCUGGGGGGGGUCGGAGGAUUUUGGGCUAUACACGAUGAAAUUUAGCCGAUCCCCCCUUUAAAUGUUAUUUUAUUGAAGUGAUCCCCCCUCAUAACUAUAUAUAACUUUCGUGAUCCCCCCCCAUGUCUUUGUACCCAUAUUCACCUUUCGACGUGUAUAUUUAGUGUUUUAAACGUUCAUAUACAGGUAGUAUUUCUAACUAUGAUGUACUUACAGCAUAAUAAAGCCGUUAUCGCGCAGUCUUUUUUUAAAAGUGUCUCUUGAUCCGUGUCUUUUUCUAGUCUGGAUCCAGACAUCUGAAUUCAGUUGACAUACAAGCAAUCUUGCUUAAAACUGCAAAGUGCUUGAAACUGCAAUCAGUGCUUGAAACUGCAAAGUUACUUUUUUUAGAGUGCCAAAUAGCAGUCCGCCAAGUCCCUAUCAGCAGGUCAUAUUUAGCGACAAUUUUCAGAGGACCACACUCUAAAGUCAUUUGCAGGCGAUGAGUUGGCCUAUUUAGAAGAAGCACAUAGGCGAAUCACUACACUGCACGAGGAACUUCAGUCCGCAUCCAACAAGUUGACAACAGCGCAUAUUAACCUGUCAAAGAAGUUUCCUUUGUGCGCGAGAAAAUCAACAAUGUCAAGAAGAAAGAAGGAAAAUAAGAGGAAGGUCCGAAAAACCAAGGACAAGCGACUCAAGCAGAGGGCACGUCAUCUCUUAGGAAACUUGACCUCAAUCGAGGUCGCGGGGCAAAUUUUCGGUUCAAUCGAAGAGAAUGAUAGAGUUACUCCUGUAGAUAGCAUCAAUGCUGACUUUGCUAAGAAACUAACAAGGCGUUUGCAUCUAGACCCUUUGCUAUGGCUACUAGAAAAGGGUAUUUUUAGCACGACCCUAGCAAAAAAUCUAGAGCAAGUAGCGGCCAUUUUAAGGGCACAAAGUCCAGGGUCAACCUGCCGAAGGGGACUAAAUGUUGCUGUUGAAUCGGAUGACGAGGCUCAAGAGGCAAAUGAAGUUGUUGAAUGGGAUGAUGAGGCUCAAGAUGAGGCAGAUGAAGCAGUUGAAUCGAAUUUAGUAUAGAGCUGACACAGGACGCCCAUUCCUGGAGAGGCGAUAAAUGGUUUAUGUUUAAACAAACACGCUUUUUACAAUGUUUCAGUUAUCAGAAGUUUAUAUAGUUCACAAUUUAGAAUUCACCUGUCAUGUUUAAAGAUGAAUAUUAGCUAAGUCAUGAGCACGUUAUAAAAGGAAAAAUAUAAAAGCGUUAAAACAAAGCUUUCUCGAUAUAAAUUGAAAUGCACACAUUCGCCAGUGUGACAGACUUCCGUUUUUUAAAUAAAGUUGUGUUAGAACAAAUUGAGAUUGCAAAUGCUAUCAUCUCCCAGCAGAAUGGGCACAUUUAUGUUGUAUGCUUUCAAACUGGCAUUGUUCAAGCAGAUUUGAGUGGUCCCCCCUCUGAAUCCUUCCAAAAUUUUCAGUGAUCCCCCCCUUUUGGGCUCUCAGUUACGACUGAUCCCCCCCUCUGUUCUCCCAAAAAUCAAGUGAUCCCCCCCAAAAUCCUCCGACCCCCCCCAGGUGAUAAAUAAUGACCGGUCCCUAAGGCUGAAGAUUAAAAUCUUCAAAAAAUUUUCUCUUGUCUACAACUAAUCAGCAUCAUUAUAAAGGCCAUGCAGAUUCCGGCGAUCGCGGUACAAACGGACUUAAUUAAAAAGUUUGCGUUCCUGCUUAGUGAAGAAUGUAAAACAUUUUACAAAUUUGAUUUAUAGGGUACAAGAAAAAACCCCAGGCACCAGUGUAUCAUGACUGUAUAUCACUGACUUGCCGUAAAGGAUACUAGUUGUACUUUAGUCCGCGAAAUAUUGCUGGCUUUCUGGGCCUGAUUAUACCCUUUUGCCGUAGUGCUGGCCAGACAUGCAAUAAAAUAGUUUAGAUACACUUUGCUGUGGGCUCUCGUGAGCAAUUCUCAACAGAAAGUGUUUCGGCAACAAGAACUUCACUAACUGAGUGUUAUUCUGCGUUUUAAUUAUAGUUCCCUGUAUUCAAAGAUUUUCAUAGUCCCAGUGUUUUACCGAGACCUAAGUUACAGGGUCGUAACAUGGUAUAUCCGGGACCCAUUGAUCCCUAUUUUCUUGCCGUUAUUUUGAUCCCUGAGCCCCAUUUGCCCCAAAAUUUUGAUCCCUGAGCCCUGAUAAAAAAAUUGAUCCCAUCCAUGUUUUUACACAAAAUUUUAACUUAGAUAACUUUGUUUAUCUCCAAAUAUAGAAUAUAGAACAUGCUCAAAUGGGCUGAUGAGAAAAACAUUAACUUUAAUUUUCAGUGCAAGUUGUGGGUUCCAUCAGAGCUUUAAAGAUCAAUAUGAGUCUACCUCUUUUUCUGCAUUAUUCUAUUUAAAACACUUAAAAUAUAAUGUUUGGCGAUACUAGACAAAUGAUAAAACCUGAUUUUCUUGAACGGGAGCUUUAGUAAGAUACAUAAUGUAAGUUAUUGUUAAUUUAUACAUUAAAAGUAGUCCACUUCCCUUUAAGUAUCGUACAUCUUGAAAGAUUUUGCGGCGGAAUCUUGAUUUUUUCAGAUGUAACGUUCAUCAAGUGUAGUUACAAGGUUAUUUUCAGUGUUGCUCAUACGAGCAAGGCCACCCGGAGGUUUAUAAGCCAAUCACAAGAAAGCAUUGCAUGGAUUCAAAAUUCGAAUAGAUACAUUUUCAUUCAAUUCAAACAGCAAACACAGCUAGCUCUGGUUGGUCCCCGGUUGAAUUAACGUCACUGUAAGGUAUUUCUUAACUAAGGUCGUCCCCUAGCUUUCCAAUUCCUGUCCCGUACGAACAUCUGCAUGCCCGGAUAACUUGUUCAAUUAAUCAAUGUCCGAUCUGUGUGGGUCACAGAUGUUUUAUUUCCAAAGAGACUCUUGCAACCAAAAAUUUCACGUCGGCCGUGUUGCUGGUCUACAAUAUUGAUGUUAAUAAAGUGUAAUCGUUUGUCUCACGAUUCAGUCACUUAAUGAUGUAGAUCGCGACGUUUCAACUGCGUACUUCAAGUGUUCAUUAGAAAAAGUAACACUUAAAGACCUUGCCUUGCUAGUCUUCGUCGACUGGUCACACGUGAACUUAUAUGACUCCAAGCUCUGGUUCUGGUUGGCGAUUAUUAGCCGCUGAGAUUGGGGCAUUUCUUACCCCGUUGUUUGUAUGAGCUUGUGCCUCACUGGCCCGCUGUCCUUAGGAUCUCCUAUUGCUGUGUUUCUUGAUUAAGGGCAACCAAGCUUCUGGACUUUCAUAUACUCCGUCCGAAUUCUUUCGCAAAGCUCUGCAAUGCCUUCCUUUAUGGCUCCUUUCCCUCUGCUCUCGUCUCCUCGUCCAUAUCCUCCUUAAGGUUUACUCUUACCGAGCUACUUUCGAAGCCAUUCCGGUGUCUUUGGACCCAGCUUUCUCUCUGUGUAAUGGUUUUGAGGACCGGUAUAAAAGAUAAACGAGUAUUGGUAGAGCAUCUCUAUUGAUUCUAAAAGGCAGCUGGGCCGGUCGUUUAGAGCGGGUGUUCUCUCUCCACCAAAAAAUUCAGGCUCCAAAUCUAAGGUGGUGAUACAUUUUGGAGCCGACCAUUACAUAAGCCAAGGCCGGAUAGCCCAAAGGGCCGAAAAAAUUCUUUUAGAUCAAUAUUGUCACUAAAGUCUGUAAAUUUUGUACAAAACAAAAUAGCCACUGCACGAAUGAGGCCUGAAAAAAUCUUGCAUGAAAAAAACAAGCCAUCCCCUGCUCAAAAAUCAAAUAGUGGACAGUAGUGGGCUUCUUACUGGUGGCCCUUAAUUCAUGCUGAGUGCUAUAAUAUAUUAAAUCCCUGCAGACUCUGCUAAUUGUACCUAGUAUACAACAUUCCUUUCACCAAUUCAACCGUUUAUCUUAUAAAAAAAAGAAACUGAAGAAAAUAAACUAUAAAGGCUUUGUUACUUUUAUUUCACCGAGGUAAGUCUUUGGUGUUCCACUUAUUUUCACUAAUUCUACACUGACUGUAAUUUCAGACUAUUUAUCAUUCAAGCGUUUAUCAGUUAUACAGUAAUGGAAUGUGUCCUUCACUUUCCCAGCCCAAUACUAGUAGUAGUAGGUGAACCAAUCUCGGUUUCUCAUCGGAGUUCGCGAUAACCCUAAAACUCCAUGCAAUUAGAGCAGAUUUAUUAAAUUGCGAGAAAGCAUUUACUUUGCAACAAAGCGCGCGAAUUCGUUGCACUUUUUUAUUCUACUUUUGACGUCCAUUCUAAUUAUUUAAGUACUUUUAAGAGUUAAGUUACUGGUCAAAAAAUACGAACCUCGAUUUAUAGUCGCCUUGUGACUUGCUUGAGUCGAUGAGGCAAUCGGGACCUAUACAGUAAAUUCCGCUUUCAAUGAAUCGGUUUGUCUAUUGUCCUGGCGGUAUUGUUAUGUAUGAUCGGCCGAAAAACCCUUGCCAGGAGUAAAUCAGUCAAGGAAGUACUUACGUACCUUUCUUUGUCACAGGCUUUUUGUCCUUUUUUUUCGUCCCCAUUUCUCGCCAAAAAAGAUAUGUAUAAAUCGCUUUCUCUAGCUGCCUUCUGGCGUUGACAGCGCGUUGAGGAGUUGCGUUACAAGGCGAGAAAAGUGACUUGAGAUUCAUAUUACGGUGGCCUCAACAAUUAAUAAAUUAAGAAUAUGAUACCAUGAUGUUUUCGUCAAACAACCAGUACUUCGUAUGACAGGAACUGCCGCCAGCCGGAAGCAAGAAUAGGUAAUGUACCUCGGCCAGGAAAUUCUAUCAUGGACACAAACCUUAUUAUGCGGAAAAAUAUUGUAAUAAGAGAUUUUUAGACCGUGUAAUAAAUUUGAUCCCUGAUUCAGGCUCAAAAGCCUUGUGAUCCCUGAUCCCAUUCUUCUGAGCCCUGAGCCCUUUCCUCUGAGCCCUGAUCCCAGUCAUAUUUUGGGCUUUGAGCCCUGAGCCCAUAUACCAUGUUACGACCCUGUAAGUUACACAAGCUUUUUUCCUUAUUACGUUGUAAACUGGGGUAGGCUAUAAGCCCAGCUUCCCAAGGUUACUGUACCUGGAUGUACCUAAAUAAUGGCAAAGUUUUGCAAACAUAUCCCGAAAGCAGCUAGAAUUGCGUUUAAACAUAACCCGGCUAAAUUGGCACAGCCUGGUCUAUUUUCCCCUGCUCUGAUCUAUCUCCCCAUUCGCAUUUUGGCUUUCUGUUCAAAAAGUUUGGAGAAAAACCCACUGAGUUCCAGUGAGAUCCUGUACAUGUGAAAACGGAACAGUCCUUGUGUGAAGAAAUUAAAGGGAAACGUAUAUCAAUAGAGGGCGAUGCAUUCCCUUUUCUAAAUGAAUUGUUUUCAGUAUACAUUGUAACCUGACGAAAUUAUUUUUUGACCCGUUCAUUGUAUGGAACAUGACAGCCCCCUGAUGAAAAACGAUGACAUAUUUGCUGCAUCUUGCACAACUUUGUUCCCAAACGAGGCGCAUCCCAGACAACCACGCAAUCACAUGAAUACCCAUAAUACACUUCAGCGUCCCUCCUCGCCGUCCAUCUUGGAAAGUACAACGGAGCGUGGCAUCCUCGAGAAGAGAAAUUAUUCGCAAUCAUGUUCUCCUGCAGUAAAUUUACCUCCCCAGUCGCUAGAAGUAUUGUAAGUGCACUUUCUAUCAAUUCUGUGGUGAUUUUUACGACAUUUUAACCGAAGUGUUGUGAUAUUUGUAGGUUGGCAAUGGUCGCGCACUAUCUCGGCCUCUUUCAACAGCCAUUCGCCCCCAGUCACAAACUUUGGCAUUGGUAUGUAGCCAAAAAAAUGGACGUACUUAAAUGAAAUAUCUUUAAAUGUACGAAGGAGGAUGUAUAGUUUUAUCAGGAGUGUUAUUUGUUGCCAUUUUGAGUGGUUAUGUGGGAAAAGUCUCUACCCGGCUUAUGUAAGGUCGGGCCAUAGAUCAGAUUGCACGUGUUACGGGAUCUUUUUCGUAGUAAAUUAUCAGAGCAGUUUGAAGAAAGGUAUUUCGAAAAGAGGUGGUUGCAGUUUCUUGGAUACAUCGUGUAAUUUUUGGCCUAAGUUGCUACCGUAGUUUUGUAAGUUAAAAAGGAUUUUGGGGGUGGACUCGCACAGGCCGGAGCUUUUAGUAUAUAUUGAACUAUACCGUACAAUAUUGAAGUUCGUCGUCAACAGUUUCUUGUUUCAAGUACUAAUUUUCCGUGGCGUGAUUGGAAAGAUUUAUAUGCAAGUUUUGCUUAUUUAGACAUUCCCCCUGCUUGUAAGACGAAACCAUUCAAGUUUUGCAGGAAUGAAGCAGAUGUUGUACUUAUGUUGUACUUCAUUGCACACCAAUAUAAAAGUCAAGCAAAGAUGGCAAAAACUUAUUUAAAACUUCCCCGUUAGAACUAGCUCUGAAAUCUGGCAGUUGAUGGAAAAAAACGUUUUUCAAUAUCCUGUAUUCCGAUUCCCCAAACAACAUACACCGUCUCCACUGUAAUACUAUGUAAGUGUUGCUUUGUAUUUCAAUAAUUGUCUUAUUUACUUUUUUCAGAAUGGCACAUCAGCACAAAAGUGAGUAUGAAUUUUAUGCAAAAACACGUACUUUAUUUUUGUUACAGCUUUGUUAUUGUGUUCAAUUUCUUAGGCAUAACUUUCUUGAUACUGUUACUAAAAAAUUUCUCUCGCCCUGUUCUUUUUAGGAAUAUGUUUAACCUGUCACGUACAGUUGUUUCAAGUCAGUUUACUAGUGAGUAUACUUAAUUUGUGUUAGUCACAAUUAAUGAUACAGGAAAAAAUGGUAGUAUCUUUGUUUCCUCUAAACCUGGCAGGGGUAUUUGGCAGAACGCUGAAUGCCAUUUGCAAAACGCUAAAUGACUGUGAAGUUUAGUUAUUAGGGUUAGGAAACUGAGUGAAUGAAGUUUCAGAUCAGUUUUCCCAAUAUAAUGACCCUAACUGGAACCUCAUUCACUCAGUUUCGGAACCCUAAUCACUAAACUUCAGAGUGAUUCAGUGUUCUGCAUUUGGCAUUCAGCAAAUGCAGAAUGCUGAAUGAAGAGUCAUUUGGGAUUCUGCAAAAUACCUCUACCACUCUAAACCUACAUCUAUAUAUAGUCAACAAAAGUUUGAAUCAAUCAGAGCAAACAUCCCAUUGUUAUUAAAAUUACAAACUUCAGUGGAUGUGACAGACUAGGAUACAGUUUGAAACAAGGGGUUACUUUUGAAAGAAAGUGUAGUGCAGUGGUGGGGGGGGAUGUAGUGGUUUCAUUAUCUCAGUUGAUAAAGUCUGUGUGGACUGGAUCUUUGUAGAUCCAGGUGGUACCCCAGGUUGUUUGUAAUGUCUCUUGUUAUUGUUUCUUUCAAGGUGUGCAAAAAGAUAACAUGCAAAGCAAGGUAACUAUUACUGGUGUCAUUGCUUGCUGAAGGCUGGUUUUCAGAAGUGUCGGAGUCGUAAGCGGAGGCGUAAGCGCGAUGGAAUCAGAGUCAGAAGAAUCACAACAUUUCCAGUUACUUCCGACUCCACUUCCAACUCCGUCGCUUACGUUCCACUUAUGAGCUAGUGAAAACCAGAUUGUCGGAAUUGGAGUUGUCUUUGUUGUAAACGAUGGACUCGUAAGCAGAAUCAGAAGAAUCAGAAUGCUGUUUAAACUAGAUCAUUAAGUGCUAUGCUUAUGAUUACAACCCUGACUCUGACUCUGUUGCUAGUGAAAACCAGCCUUAAUUGCAUCACACACACUAUACUGUAAGGGUUCUUUUAAGUUGAAAGUUUGAAUCUUUAUCCUUGUUGAAGUUGAACAACAUAAAUGAUGCAUGCAACUGCUCUAUAACCUGAUCAAACGAAAGUGAUUUUGGUAUUUUCAUCAUUUCUCAUUCAUCAUUAUUAUUCUUUCCCUGUACAGGCUCUAGUACCUUCCUCUCCUUUAGCUCUGGCUUGCCGAGGCUUUCAGACAAGUUCUCAGGUGCAGGAUGUUGACUCUGCUGCUAAAUUUAUUGGUGCUGGUGCAGCUACUGUAGGUGUUGCAGGU